UAUGACAUUUUUCGAAAUAGAAGUGAUGUGGUUGGAUGCAUUUUUGCAUUUGGUAUGAAGUAAAAGUUGAAAUACUUAACUGAAUAGACUCAAUUUUAUAUAUAAAUUAUUAACGUUAUUUUAAAAUGGAUUUCGAAUUAGAACUAAAAAUAUUUACACUGAACUGUUGGGGUCUUGCUGUUGUAUCAAAAAACAGAAAGGAGAGGAUUCAGGCAAUAGCAGAGGUGUUGGCGACAAGUCAGUAUGAUGUAGUUUGCCUACAAGAAGUUUGGACCGAUAGGGAUUAUAAUUUAAUAAGAAAAAAAGUGUCUGGUGUGUUACCUUUUUCGCAUUAUUUUUAUAGUGGGGUCACUGGUUCAGGAGUUUGUAUCUUAUCCAGGCAUCCUAUAGAAGAGACUUUCUUCCAUCAGUGGUCAGUUAACGGUUAUAUACACAAGUUACAUCACGGUGACUGGUUUGGAGGAAAAGGCGUAGGACUUUGUAAAUUAAAAAUUAACAACUUUAAUAUUAAUGUAUACUCUGCUCAUUUACACGCUGAAUAUGAUAGAGAAAGCGAUGAGUACCAAGCGCAUCGCAUUCUCCAAGCUUACGAUACUGCUCAAUUUAUCAUGCUCACAUCAGGUGGUGCCGACUUAGUUAUACUAGCAGGAGAUUUAAACACCGAGCCCGGCGAUUUGGCCUACAGAGUUACAUUAUGUGUGCCUGGGCUUCUGGAUGCCUUCACCGAAGCAAACGAAGUUCCGAAUGACAAGGUGGCUACCAACGAAAGCCUCCAAAACAGUUACACCCCCUCGAGUUUGGUCAGGAAGAACAUCCCCGGCAAACGUAUCGACUACAUCAUGUACCACCCCGGCUCAAAAAUCCACGUGGACCUAAAAAAGUACAACCUACCGUUACCGGAUCGUGUUCCCGAACGCUCCUUCAGUUAUUCCGACCACGAAGCCAUCGAGGCUACUUUAGUUAUUAACAGGAAGGAAAUCCCAGACCGAAUCAGGGACUUGGAACAGAAGAAGAUCGUGUUGGAAGAUAGCCUGGUCGUUUUGGAAGACGCUCUUCGUAGGCUCAAUACUCACCAGUUGAUAUAUUUGAUAUUUUCCCUAGUUUUGUUUAUUACGCUCUUGGUAUCCGCUGUACUGGACUCGCCGGUUGGAUACGCUAUACUUUUUUACGUUUUGAGGGCUUUAAUUACGGUGUUGAUGGUAUUUACGAUUAUAAUGGCGACCAUCUGGAAUAAGAUCGAGAGGCAUGCCGUUCUUGCCGGGAAGCUGGCUAUAGAGGUUACCUUGAAAAAAUAUAACGUCAGCGGAAACUUAUGAUCUUAACUGUAUCAGUCUAAAUAUUUACAUUUUUUUUUCUCGUACUUUUGGUAGUUAUUAUUUAUUUUAGCACGUUAAAAAAUAAAACGGUUUUCCUCAGCCUUUUAAAUAGGGUUGUUCCGGAUGUAAGAUUUUCGGUAUUCGUGAAUAAGAAUGCAAAAACGAAUAUUAACAAAUAACUAAAAAUUAGGUACUAAAAAUUGAUUUAGAGCUUCUAAAGAAAAUCAACCCAAAGAAACAAACUUACGGAAUUUCGGAAAUACUUUGUGAAAUUGACAAUAACUACACUUGAUGCUUUAAACUUUGCAACGUGUAGCAUCAACCUUUUUCUUCGAUUCCAUAGAAUACCCAUAAUAUAGAAUGCUAAAUGCCUAGGAUUACUUAUGGACGAUAUUCCGCCAUCUCUUGUUGACGUGUGGAAAUAAAUUGGGCGGUAAAUUUAAAUUUUUUAGAAGUAUUCUCUACAGAAAUUGUUUUUUCACUAUUUUCCUCUACAAACUGCAAAUUUACUAAUAUUUACUGAUAAAUAAUAAAUAUACGGCUGUAAAGAUAAUAAGUAAAAAUUAACGAUCAACAAUCUAUAAAUAACGUAAUAUUUAUUGGGCAAUAAAAGUUGUUAAAUUAUUAUUAAAUUAAACAUUAUUAUCAUAUAUUUAUUUGAAUUGAUAUAAUAUUUAAAAAACAUUGCAAUUGUUAAUACGAAUAUUCGGAACAUCCCUAUUUUUAAGGUUUAAUAUGAUUAAAAUCAUCUCCGCAUACUUUAAAACUUACUUCCACCUAAUUUCAGGAAUUACAUGCUAGAUGUACCGUACAACAUAACAUUGAAAGUAUUAUUUGCAUUUAAUUCACAAUUAUUUUAGCGAGUCGUGACAAAAAUAACAGUUUACAUUAAAUUGUGUCCAAUUAUACACCUUUCUUGUUUGCGCUUUACCCGGAACAACUUUUUUAUCAUAUCCCAUCCUGUUUGCGGGAUUUGUUGGACAUAUCGACGGAUAUCACAUUAAAUUCGUAGUAGAAUUGAUUUCUUUAGACAACUUUCAUUUAUUUGUUGGUUCGGAAUUUUUAAAAAUAGAUACAGUCGGGGACAGAUAAUUUGUAGAUAUUUUUGGUGCUGUUCGAUAAAUUUUCUCUAUGAAUAAGCUUUAAAAUGUGAUAAAAUUUAAUAACAAUUUCGUAGCGUAAUUUAUGAUUUUGUUUCAUUGAAAAUUUGGUCUGAUGUAGCUAUACAAAUAUUUUUGAGGAAUUUUUGUACAUAUCUUAAGGAAAUUCUUUGUUUUUCAAUAUCUUCUGACUGAUUUUUGGGCUUGUUGGAUGGUCGGGAGUAAUUUUAAAUAUUAUCAAUGCUGCUCAAAGGAAUGUGUCUAGAGGUUGAUAUUUUAUUUUAGAUAAUUUACGUUUAGAAAAAAUAUUCAUAAUAGCUUAGAAGUUUAACACAAUUUUGUAUUCAGACGAGCCAAAUGUGAUGUAAUUUCAUGUACCAAAUACUAUGCUUUAUUUUAGAAGAAUUAUUCCAAGUUGAUUGUCCUGUGAUACGUAAUUCUGUAUUUAUACUACUUAGCACUUAUUUUCUCUUAUUUUCAGCUAUUAAUAAAUUAAUUUAUAAAUU